CCAGCUCUCGGAGCCUUCCACCCCGUGCGGGGCGUGGCCUCUGCCUGUCAUGGCGUCCGAGCGCCUCUCGGCCCAGUAGCGGCCGUCACGAGAGCGGCGGCGAUGCUGCCGCCGCCGCCUCGCUGAGUGACGGGCGGAGGCUCUCUGCCGAGGGCGAUGGAAGGCCUGGCACAGCUGCCGCCUCCUCCUCCUGCCGCCCCGCUGGGCGCCGCUGCCGUCGUCGUAGCUGAGGCGGGUCGCGUCUCCCCUCAGGAACAGGCGAGGAUCGCUUCUGAGUCCCGCGCGGCGGCGGCAUCGGCGUCUGAGGACGGGGAGGCGGUGGCGAAGCGGCGGGCGGGAAGCUCUUCGUCGCUCCCCUCAGAGGCGGUGGCUCCCCAUCCCUGCCUGGAAGAGCCGCCGCGAGCCGCGAGCGAUCGAGACACGACGACGCCCGAAAGCCUCUCUCGGGCUGAGGCAACGGCGGCUCCAGCCUCCGAAAGCGGCGGCGAGGGCGGCGCAGGCUCGGGCAGCGGCGCUACGAGCCCGGCCGAGGACUCGCUGGGCUCCUUCUCCAACCUGCUCUCCUGCGGCGGGCCCAGCAGCUCCGACCUCAACAGCGGCUGCGACUCGGACGACUCCGACGAGGCGGCGGCGGCCAGGAGAGCCCCCGUCGCCGGUGAAGAGGCGGGCGAGGCGGCGGCAGCACCUGGCUCCGCCUCGCCGCCGCCCCUCGGCCCGGUCCCGCCAGGCGCCAAGGAGCGCUUCCCGGGCCAGUCCGUGUACCACAUCAAGUGGGUGCGCUGGAAGGAGGAGAACACGCCCGUCAUCACCCAGAACGAGAACGGGCCCUGCCCGCUCCUCGCCAUCAUGAACGUGCUGCUGCUGGCCUGGAAGGUGAAACUGCCACCCAUGAUGGAAAUCAUAACUGCUGAGCAGUUGAUGGAAUACUUAGGAGACUAUAUCCUUGAUGCAAAACCAAAAGAAAUCUCUGAAAUCCAGCGCUUAAACUAUGAGCAGAAUAUGAGUGAUGCAAUGGCAAUCUUGCACAAGCUUCAGACAGGUCUUGAUGUGAAUGUGAAGUUCACUGGUGUACGAGUGUUUGAAUACACGCCUGAAUGCAUAGUAUUUGACCUUCUUGAUAUUCCAUUAUACCAUGGAUGGCUAGUGGACCCCCAGAUUGCUGACAUUGUGAAAGCAGUUGGUAACUGCAGCUACAAUCAGCUAGUGGAGAAAAUAAUUUGUUGUAAGCAGUCAGACAACAGUGAGCUGGUUGAUGAAGGUUCCAUCGCAGAGCAGUUCCUAAACAACACAGCCACUCAGUUAACCUACCAUGGGUUAUGUGAGCUGACUUCUACUGUUCAAGAAGGAGAACUGUGUGUCUUCUUCAGAAACAACCACUUCAGCACCAUAACCAAACAUAAGGGCCAGCUUUAUCUCCUGGUGACAGAUCAGGGUUUCCUUACAGAAGAUAAAGUUGUUUGGGAAAGUUUACACAAUGUAGAUGGGGAUGGAAACUUCUGUGACUCUGAAUUUCGUCUACGACCUCCAUCUGACCCAGAAACAGUAUACAGAGGACAGCAAGAUCAGAUAGACCAGGACUAUCUGAUGGCAUUGUCCUUGCAACAAGAGCAGCAAAGCCAAGAUAUUAAUUGGGAGCAGAUACCAGAAGGAAUCAGUGACCUUGAACUUGCCAAGAAACUUCAGGAAGAGGAGGACAGGCGGGCUUCUCAGUACUACCAGGAGCAGGAGCAAGCUGCUGCCGCUGCCACCGCUGCUGCUCAGGUCCAGCAUGUGCCAGGAGCUGCCUCUCCGUCAACCGGAAGACAACCUGGGGGCAGUGAGCGGAAACGGAAAGAGCCGCGAGAGAAGGAAAAAGAGCCGCGAGAGAAGGAAAAGAGCAGCUGUGCCAUUCUAUAACAGAGGGGGGGCCCUCCUGGACUCAAGCACACAAACAAGGAAUCCAUCCUAAGGACUCCACGCCCCACAUGCCGCCUGUGCCUGAUAGCCCCACAGAGGUUGGUGUCCCCAAGACCCCUGAGGUCAUCCUGCACCCUCUCUUUCAGAGGGAUUUGGAUGAGGCUGCCUGUGCUUUCGAUGCAUUGUAAGGGAAGAACCACCGUGACAGAGGGGAGUCCACAUUGCCGCAGUUACUGUUGGAAUGUAACUAACUCAGAAUAUUUGUUAGUAAAUCUACUUGUCUCUGUGACAAAAGGAGUGGUGCAGUUCUCAUUUUGGGCUUCUGCCGGAGGUCUGUGCAUCAGUUGCCACAAGAGGACCUUUUAUUGUGUGGAAGCAAACCCUUCAGGCAUCUGUGCAUCUACCAGCCUGUAGCUCACCUGUUCUGUUCUCGAUUGGUGUUCCCUGAGCCAUCUUCAACCUGUGUCAGAUGUGGGUCAGUGGAAAGCAUUGCUUAGAACUAGGUGCCAUGAAAGGGCAAUCCAUCCGGAAGUGAAGACUUGGACCGCACUGAGGUCAAGCCCCCUGCUGUAGCUGGCCUUUUCCUGUUAAAUACAGAGGAGUGAGACCAGAGCUGUUCUGUUAUUUAUUGACCUCCUCUAGGCAGGAGUAGGUGACUGGAAAGGAAAGCUGAUGUGCUGUAAUCUGUAGAAUUAAAAUGGGUUGAUACUUGCCUUUCCCCCCAGAAGUACCUUGGGCGAGUAAUAUGAUGGGGUGUGUGUAUUUAUGCCUUAUCAAGUGUACUGUAGGUAGGUAAUCUGUACCAUAUCAGUGCAGCUCUAAAGCACACUUCUGUGGAGUUUGAGAAUUGAUCUCCUGCACUCUGGGGCUGUGAUCCUAACUGUGUCUGUGAGUGAAUCACCUGGAUUUUGAUGGGAGGGAGCUUUGAUUAUUGGGAAAAGACAAUUGGCUUAAAUAGUUAACAUAGAACUUUGAGGAACCAGAUUUCAUACUGGACAGCAUACAAAUGAACAUGCUGCAUCUCAAUAGUAUCGAAAAGGUGCUGAUAUGGGGUGUUUGUUGAAUGUUAUUCUCUGAAGGAGGAGGGAGGGACUUGCAGGGCAUCCUUACCAGAAGGGCAAUGGCCUUUGUCUUUUUGAUAGUUACGUAUUUCAGUUGGUAGAGGCUUCUGACAAAAUUUGCUGUUAUCGCAAAGCCUGGAUGUGUGCGUCUGUAGACAAGCUUCCCACCCUGCAAGCAUCCAGUGUGACAACCUUGCUAUCAAGGAGGCGGAUGAGGGAGGUAUCAUUUAAACGUGAGAGUCAUAUGCAUUUUUUGCUGAAGCUGUUCUAUGAGCAUAGUCUAAUCUAAUCAUUAGAUACCAUGUUUCUAACUACCAUCUUGCGGCUUCAUAAUACCUUAACGAUAGGCUCAGGCCAUGCCCUGGAGUUGAUUCAUUUUAAUGAGAGAUGUCUACUGCUUUACAGGGUGUGUGUAUUUGAUACCUUUAAAUUAAGACAGAAAUAUUGGCUUCCAGCUGUUAGCCUGAAAGAUAAAAAAAGUUGGCAAAUGUGUGAACAAAUAAGGAACAAAAGAAUGGCUUUAUUCAGAACUGAAUUUAUCCUUGUAUCAUGUUAAAUUUUAAAUGUAAAGAGUAUCUCUUGUAUGUCUUCAAAGUAUCUCAUUUCAUAUAUGCACAUUACCCUCAGUAGUGCCAUCUUACAUUAUUGUUAAACUUUAACGCAUAAGCUAGCAGAAAACUAUAUCAAGGCUUUUUUUGCAAAAAAAAAAAAAUGCUACGGUGUUUACAUUAAGUGUGAGUUUGUACCAUUACCAGUCUGUCUUUACAUGCUAAAUUUGGCAACUGCAUAGCCUAUCGCAGUGAAAGACAUGCAUAAUGGCCCUAUACAUUGCCUCUUGUUUACAGCAGGCGAAAUGAUUCUCCAAGAGAGGAGAGAAAGCAAAGCAAGGCUACUGCUGUCAUGCUUGCAUUAGAAGUUCAAGGACUUUGGAACAGUUUCUGGGGAUUUUGUGGCAUGGAUUUGUGGCCUGUGGCUGGUGUUCUGGGGUCAGAAUGCUCCAGCUGCAGAUUGGGCACAUGCUGUGUGAAAUGAGCUGAUUUCCUGCCUUGUGAUGCAAGAGGUGGCUGCUAGCUCAGAGCCUGCCUGUCCUUUUAUGUUGACAAUCUUGUACUUUGGUGCAGCAUGUAGAACCUUUUAAAGAUACGGAGUAGCAGCCAAAUAAUGUGCCCCAUCAGUGCAGGAAUUUCUGCUUGUGCAGUGGGACUCCCCCAAACCUGCAUGUGCCUCCCAAAUCUGCUCCAGGUUGGGGAAACGGCUAGAAGAGAUUUAGGGAGUGCAGGGCCCAUUGCAUAAGCAGAAUCCUUGGGCUGAUGGGACUGUGACUGAACGCUGUUUUGCCCUGCCAGACGGCUGUUCCCAUGUAGUAUUUUGGCAGACGGCUGUGGGUGGGAAGGUGUUCUGAGAGUCUGUGACAGCCUUUCCCCCUUCUGAGAGGGAAGAGGGAGUGUCUGUGUCCUCCAGCAACAACAGCCAAACAUGCACCCCCAGCCCUUCUUGCUUGGAUUUUUGGAGUAGCAGGAGGCAGGGGAGAGGAGAGAUGCUACAGUGUUGGUGCUCAGAUCUGCCUCCUGGGCCACAAAGUUGCUUCCUCUGUUGGGUUCCUGAUCAUUCUGGCAGCAACUAAACUUGUUUUAGCUUUUAAGUAAUGAUACAGAGUAAGCUGUCUAGGUUAACACAAACACACUCUUGUCAUGAAUUUCCCUUCUGCUGUAGUCCAAGCCGUUUCUUCGACCUGCACUUGGUAAUGCAACAAGCCUCUAACCAACACAACAUCCCAUCACUUCCAGCAGAUUUAAGCAUGUAGGGAGUGAAGGAGUAAGAGAUGCUUAUGGCUCUUAAUAAGCAGAGACUUUUGCCUUCAUAGUGUAGAAUAGGAAAGGAGAUUUUGGCGUAGGAUCUUUUUUUUUUUUUUGGCUAUGGCAAUGUAAUUGAUGUAUGCAAUGCAGAGAUUCAUCAAUAACUUUAUCACUUAUAAGCACUGCCAAAUACUUUUAUAAUUUUAUAAAAGGCAUUUAUGUCUGAGAUGUUUUUUUAAAAAAUCAUGAGUUAUCCCUGGUGGCCUCCUUGGACAAUUAGAACUUUUUGGUUCUGUUUUGUAGCAGCUAUUUUUUCCUUGGUUUUGGCCUUUGGCUAUAGGAGAGAUUGAAAGCUGUGCAACCAAUAUGGGUGGGGCCAAUCAUAGGGGUCUUUUCUAUAUGACUGGCAGGGAAAACACACAUGAUUAGCUCUGCCUGUGAUAGCAGUAUUUAAAAAUGCAAACCACAGCUCCACGGGGUAGAACCACUGAAAGGUGGCUUUCAACGUGACUUGUUUGGUCAGUGUGUAUGAUGGGGGGAGGUAAAAGGUAAAGGUGUCCCCACACUUAUAGUGCAAGUCGUUUCCGACUCUUAGGAUGAUGUCUUGCGAUGUUUACUAGGCAGACCGUAUAUAUGGGGUGGGAUUGCCAGUUCCUUCCCUGGCCUUUACCCCCCAGCAUAUGCCGGGUACUCAUUUUACCGACCACGGAUGGAUGGAAGGCUGAGUGGACCUCGGCCCCUUUUACCGGAGAGCCGACUUCCUCCCGACGUUGGAAUCAAACUCUGGCUGUGAGCAGAGCUUCGGCUGCAUUACCGCUGCUUACCACUCUGUGCCACGGAGGAUAUGUAUGGGGGGGGGAGAGAGAGGGCCAAUCUCUGGGGUUAACCAUUAACACAAAUACACAUAUGUGUAUCCUUCAGGCAGCAAGUACAGUAGCAUCUCCUGGCUUCUAUCCAUCUUUAGAUUCCAAAACAUGGAUCAGUCAUAGGCUGUCUUCUAGUAGAUCAGAUACUUUGCAUGGAUUUACACUGUGACCAGCAACUAGCUGUUUUCUGUUGAAUCCUGUCAAUCUACCUUGAUGUCUUGAGCUGACAACUGUUGCCAUUCUUACUGUUUUCUUUCUAGUUUUUUAAAAUAUAUAUAUUUAUAAUUUGUAAUAGUCUUAAGUGACUUCCUCAUGUAAUAAAAAUUGAUUCAACUGCUGAAA